AUGGAGGGGCCAGAGGAGGUUGGGAAAGAGGAGGUUGGGCCAGAGGAGGUUGGGCCAGAGGAGGUUGGGCCAGAGGAGGUUGGGCCAGAGGAGGUUGGGCCAGAGGAGGUUGGGCCAGAGGAGGCGGAGCUUGUGGAGGUGGUAGAAUUCACAGUUCCAGUUGAAAACAAUAAAACUCUGUUUGUUUGGAACCUGGAGGAAACUCGACCUGAACAUGAGCUAUGGGUGGCGCUGUGGUCCCUGUUCUCCUCCUUUGGCCCUCUGUACCUGCUGAAGCUGUCUCUGUCCAGGGACAGGUUAGGCCCUGGUCCUGCUCUUGGUUCUGGUCCUGGUUCCAGUUCUGCUUUGGUGAAGUUCUUCAGUUCUCGUCACGCGGCUCAAGCUCAAAGAGCCACACAUGGAAGCACAGCUCUGCAGGCCACGCCCCUCAAGGUUUGUCUGAGUUCGAAGAAGACUCCUCACUUCUUGUCGCGCACCAUACCUCUAAGUCAUGCCCGCUGCCUGAAUCUGGCCAAUCACUGCCUCGGGUUCAACGGUUGGAGCUCUGACAUCAUCACCCUGAAGGAGCUGGACCCAGACUUGGACCUCCACCAGGGCCUAGACUCAGAUCAGGACUUGGACUUGGACCCAGACCGGGUCAGACUCACACUGGGCUGUGUGGUGCAGCUACACUUUCCCUUUCACCACCUCACCACCAGGGGCAGCGCUGUGCAGCAGGAGACACUGACUCGCUCUGACCCGUGCCGGUCGCUGCUUCGUGGGCGUUUGCAGAGAGCGGUCAGAGAGAAGGCUCUGGUCCAGGCCUUCAGCAACGUACAGCUGCUCCUGCUCGGCAGCGGCAAAGUCCUGGUGCAGCUGAAGUACCCACAGACGUAUGAGACUGAAGAGGAAGAACUCCUUAAGGUGACAGAGGUGACUCUUCCUCCUGAUGAAGACGAAGAGUUUGAUCUCAGUGUGUCUUGA